AUGCGCCUGGCACCGAUCCUACUCUCGAUGGUCGCAGUAUCCUCUGCUGGCCCAUCUAACAUUUUCAACAAUAUCUACGACUUCUCAGAUGAGCUAGCAGAAUUCUAUGGCAAAGUCAGCAAAUACAUCGACGAUGUGAGACACGACGUGACACCCUCUGCUACCUGCGACACAUCCAAGAUCUCGCUGCCGUCAUUUGCUUCGGGACUUCCCAGUCCCGAGGAGUGA